CCGGUGACAGCGCUUAGUGCUGAGGGCGGUGCAACAGCUUGGGCCGCUAUGCCUAUGCUUUCUGGCGGUGGUGCUGAAUCAAGAGGAGUGGCGCCAGAACCGCCUAGGGAUGAUUGUGGUGCAGCACGUGAGGCAGCUGUGGUCUCUGGUAGUAACAAGAACAACUGACAUCGCUGUAACAGCUUGAUGCACUUUUCUAGUUGUAGUGACAGCUGACGCGUAUUGCCGCAGCUGCGUGUCUGCUUGUAACAACUUGGCGCCGCUUGUAUCGUUACGGGCCCAAGCAACCUACCAUCGCUGCGGUGGCGUUUGUUCAGGCUCGUUGUGUCUUCUUUAGUAAGUUACUCGAUGUGGCGUGGCCUGUCUCACUUUCCGGCUUUGGCGCUUUCGCGGUCGGGUGUGCCCGCCCCACGCGCAGUCUACGAGCCCACGGGCCCCCCUGAAAGAAGACUAGCCGCCCUGCCUUCGUCUUGCUUGCUGUCUCUUUUGGUUUUUGUGUGCGUUGAGCUGAUGAAAGGGACAGGGCGCCAGGCUUCCUCGCAUGUCUCGCCGCCCUCGUGUGUCUCGCGCGCUGUCCUCGUGUGUCUCGCCGUCGAAUCUAUCUGCGCGCGCGUGGCCGUGGGUGUGUCUCACUGUCUUCGCGUGUCUCGGUCGCUGCCUCGGUGUCCUCGUGUGUCUCUCUCGGUGUCUUCGCGUGUCUCGGUGUCUCCGCGUGUCUCGGCGUCUCCGCCUGACUUCUCGGCGUCUUCGCGUGAGUGUCCUCCCGGUGUCUUCGCGUGUCUCGGUGUGGUCUUCGUCUGUGUGUCUCGGUGUCUUCGUUCGCGUGUCUGUCUCGGUGUCUUCGUGUGUCCUCUCGGUGUCUUAGCGUGUCCUCUCGUCUCGGUGUCUUGCUUCGCGUGUCUUCUCGUUUCGGUGUCUCCGCGUGUCCUCUCGGUGUCUUCGCGUGUUCUCUCGGUGUCUCCGCGUGUCUCCUCGGUGUCAGUCUUCGCGUGUCUUCUCGGUGUCUUCGCGUGUCUCGGUGUCUUCGUGCGUCUCGGUGUCUUCCUCUCGUGUCUCGGUGUCUUCUUGUGUCUCGGUCGGUGUCUCUCUUCUCAUGUCUCGGUGUCUUCUUGUGUCUCGCUCGGUGUCUCUCUUCUCGUUGGCGCUAAAUUUGGGGUGCUAAAUUUUGUGGUCAUGCGUGUGGUUUUGCACGCAAAAAAUUGGCGCUAAAUCGAGGGGGGUCCCAAACCUCGCGCGAAAACGCCUAGUAAGAACUGGGCUGGUCCUCGAUUCAGCACAAACUUAGCACGUGCGCGACCACAUGCAGGACCACAAAAUAAACGGACCCCGCGACCGCUGGGCCCUCGCGGGCCUCUGUUGGUUUGGCUCUUGGUCGUGGCAGGCCCCUGGUGCUGGUUCUGUAGAGUAGUAGCGAACGGAUCACGCUGCAGCCCCGAGCGCAUGUAGAGGGCACAACAGUCAACCGCAGGCACAUGCCCCACGCGUUCUGCGGCUGUGUACUGGGCAAACCAGACGCCGGCAGUGCGUGCGCGUUGCCAUAUCGUUCGAGCAGCUAGUACGCCAUUUCUGCCUUUGGGUCUCAGUCAGCUACCAGCGACAGCGCAGGGCUGGCGAGUACAUGCUUAAACGCGCAGCGUUCUGCCCUCGUGCAGCCUAAUGGUGAUGGAACUGGCGCCAGGAGUCAAGCGAAGCACUUCAGCGACUGGCUGCCGCCCAGCCCGUGCGCGAUGGAGGCGGCGAAUGUCGCGAAGUGUGAUAUCGCUCCGACGCACCUGCUCGGCGCAGGAGCUAGCAAGCUGAGGCAAGAUACGCCCCGGGCCAAGACUACACAAGACAAGACAGCGACAACUAGAAAAAGGCAUCCGGCUCGACUUGCGUCCAGGGCUUGGGCUGCAGCGGAUGCUGGUCUGAUCUGAUCUGCGUGCGGGUUGGCACUGGAGGCGAGUCGAGGCCAAGCUGGCCUAACGAGUGGCUAGACCGCUCGCCUGGUGUGGGAGCAUGCCGGGCACUUAUAAAGACGACGCCAAGCCACUGGCACCGGAAGGACCCCCCGGAACGGCGGCGGCCUUCAGGUCGCCGCAAUUCAGUGGACGACGGAGAGCGACGGCGGGAAACCUCCAAGGGAGGGCGCUGCCAAUUCCACGCGCUACGCCUGCUGCCGCCACCCGCGGACAGGUGCUGCGCUCUCUUUUUCGCGCUUGCAGGGAGGCGGGCUGGCAGCCAGCCAAAAAACGGCACCCCAAAGGGGGCAGCGGAGCGGCUGCCACUUUCUGCGGGCGCGCCCGGCCUCUCCGCUCCGGGAGGCAGGGAGGGGACCAAGGGGGGGCACGGGGAGAGGGGAGCACGCGGGCACGGGGGGGGCGGGUUCGGACUGCCAGAGGGUGCCGCGAUCGCGAACACCCGCGGACAAAACCAAAAGCCUGGCCAUUAGAAGAGAGAGACAGACGAGCACAAAGCAAGCCCCGCCACCAGCUUGGGCCUAGUGGCCAGGGUGCAGCUAGAAGCAAAAAGAGGCGAAAGCCUGAAGGACUGGACCCACAACACAAGCGAACAAAAGACCAAGAACACCGCGGCGGUGCUUGGGUUCUGCUGUCUUUCUUUUGGAAGAAUGUGCCCAGAUUUUGGGGGGCUUCCCUCCAGUUCUCGCGCUUGUCUAAAAGGGGGAGGGCUGACCUCGCGGCGCUUCUUUUUUGUGACUGUGUCUGCAGUGAGUGGUCUGAGAAUCAGUGCUCCUGGGCUGGUUUUGUCUUCGGCGCAAAAGCUGACCGGCGGACGCCUGUAGCAGCGAAAACAGUCUGCGCUCUGUCUGCGCCAUCACGUGUGCCAUGAGUUUAGUCCAAUUCGGGGCCGGCAGGGGUUAAGCCUUAGGACCCAGCCUCUGGACUGGCGGGGGGCUAGUUCCAUGCCUUUGCUUGCUCUGGGGCGGUGGCUUUUAAUCUUUGAAGUUCAUGCAGCGAGCAACCCAGCUACUGCACUAGGCUCUACUCUUUUCGUGUCCUUUUUUUCUCCUUGAGAAUUCAUCUCGACACACUUGUAGCUGGGGAGGCGAUGCAAAAUGCAGCAGCAACCGCGGAUACUUCAUGGACGGCAGCACAGGAGGUGGCGGAGGGUGAUGGCCCCGCGUCAAAGCCAACAGAAACAAAAGCGGCGGCGCCGCUCCCUCAUGACGCUUCCGCAGCAUCCAGACCAGCAGCAGCGGCAGCAGCAGGGCCGGCGACAGCGCCUAGCGCUGAGGGCUGUGCAACAACUGGGGGCGAUAUGUCUAUACCUUCUGGUGGUGGUACUGAUUCAGCAGAAGUGGCUCCAGAAGCGCCUGAGGAUGAUGGCGGUGCAGCACGUGGUGACCGCGAGGCAGCUGCGGUCUCUGGUGGUAACAACUGACGUCGCUGUAACAGCUUGAUACAGUUUUCUAGUUGUGCGUGGCGAUAGCUGACGCGUAUUGUCGCAGCUGCGUGCCUGCUUGUAACAACUUGGUGCCGCUUGUAUCGUCACGGGCCCAAGCGACCUACCAUCGCUGCGGUGGCGUUUGUUCAGGCUCGUUGUGUCGUCUUUAGUAAGUUACUCGAUGUGGCCGUGGCGUGGUGUGUCUCACUCUCUGGCCUUGGCGCUUUCUCGGUCAAGUGUGCCCGCCCCACGCGCAGUCCACGAGCCCACGGGCCUCCCUGAAAGAAGGUUAGCCGCCUUGCCUUCGUCUUGCUUGCUGUUUCUUUUGGUCUUUGUGUGUGAAUUGAGCUGAUGAAAGGGACAGGGCGCCAGGCUUCCUCGCAUGUCUCGCCGCCCUCGUGUGUCUCGCGCGCUGUCCUCGUGUGUCUCGCCGUCGAAUUUAUCUGCGCGCGCGUGGCCGUCGGUGUGUCUCACUGUCUUUGCGUGUCUCGGUCGCUGUCUCGGCGUGCCUCGGUGUCCUCGUGUGUCCCUCUCGGUGUCUUCGCGUGCCUCGGUGUCUUCGCGUAUCUCGGUGUCUUCGCGUGUCUCUGCGUGCCAUGGUGUCUUCGCGUGUCUCGGUGUCUUCGCAUGUCUCGGCGUUUCCGACUGUCCUCUCGGUGUCUUCGCGUGAGUGUCCUCUCGCUCUCGGUGGCUUCGCGUGUCUCGGUGUGGUCUUCGUCUGUGUGUCUUGGUGCCUUCGUUCGCGUGUCUGUCUCGGUGUCUUCGCGUGUCCUCUCGGUGUCUUCGCGUCCGUGGGUGUCCUCUCGGUGUCUUCGCGUGUCCCCUCGUCUCGGUGUCUUCGCGGUUCUCCUCGGUGUCUCCGCGUGAAUGCCCUCUCCCUCGGUGUCUUCGCGUGUUCUCUCGGUGUCUUCGCGUGUCAGUCUCCUCGGUGUCUUCGCGUGUCCUCUCGCUGUCUUCGCGUGUCUCGGUGUCUUCGUGCGUCUCGGUGUCUUCGUGUGUCUUGGUGUCCUCCCGUGUCUCGGUGGGUCGGUGUCUCUCUUCUCGCGUAUCGGUGUCUUCGUGUGUCUCGGCGUCUCCGUGCGUCUCGGUGUCCUCGUCUGUCUCGGUGUCUUCGCGUGCCUCGAUGUCCUCGCGGAUUUCGAUGUCUCCGCGUGUCUCGGUGUCUCCUUCGCGUAUCUCGGUGUCUUCGCGUGCCUCGGUGUCUUCGUUCGUGUGCCGCGGUGUCCUCGCGUGUCUUGGGGUCAUCGCGUCUCCCGGUGUCUUCGCGUGUCUCGGUGUCGUCCCCGCGUGUCUCGGUGUCUUUGCGCGUCUCGGUGCCUUCGCGUGUCUCUGUGUCUUCGUGUGUCUCGGUGUCCUCGCGUGUCUCGGUGUCUUCGCGUGGCUCGGUGUGGUCUUCGUCUGUGUGUCUUGGUGUCUUCGUCCGCGUGUCUGUCUCAGUGUCUCCGCGUGUGCUCUCGGUGUCUUCGCGUGUCCUCUCGUCUCGGUGUCUUGCUUCGCGUGUCUUCUCGCUUCGGUGUCUCCGCGUGUCCUCUCGGUGUCUUCGCGUGUUCUCUCGGUGUCUCCGCGUGUCUCCUCGGUGUCAGUCUUCGCGUGUCUUCUCGGUGUCUUCGCGUGUCUCGGUGUCUCCGCGUGUCUCGGUGUCCUCGCGUGUCUCGGUGUCUUCGCGUGUCUCGGUGUCUCCGCGUGUCUCGGCGUCUUCGCGUGUCUCGGUGUCUUCGCGGAUCUCGGUGUCUUCGCGUGUCGAGAGUGCUUGCGACAGGCAACUCGCAACAUAAUAAGAGUUGCGCGCAGGCGGUCGUCUUUGUCAGUUGCAACGAGAGCGCAGAUUUUGGCGACAACCUCUAGGACGUAACAGGUGUAACAGCAUAGAUACAGCUUCGACCCAGAAUCGUGACACCUAUACCAGGACCAGUCGAGGCAGACGUGGUCGUGGCCGAGCUGAGCACGCUGGCGAAAGAGGUGGCCACCAGCAUAGCGCAAGACAAAAUCCCCAAGAAAAUUUGGAACCACCCAGAACUGGUCGAUGCACUAUCGUCCGCGAGGAAAUUUGUUGACGGCUGCUGGGCUUCAACGGAGCCCCUGUGUCGUGGGUCUUUAUUUGUGGAGGAAAUGAAAGAAAGGCUGCGGGACAUCAGAGUACUGCACAGCCAGGCGCUGGGCCAUGGGCGUGAUGUACCAACGGAAGCACCAACGGAAGUACCAACGGAAGUACCAGCGGAAGUACCAGCGGAAGUACCAACGGAAGUACGAGUACAGACGGAAGUACCAACAGAAGCACCAACGGAAUCGGAAGCACCAACGGAAGUACCAACGGAAGCGGAAGUACCAACGCCGGCACCAACGGAAUUGGAAGCACCAACGGGCGUAGAGCCAUGAAGUGCGCAGCCAUUUCUUUGCCAUGAUGUCGCCGCUUCGUCAUCUUAAAGGCUGCCCGCUUCCCUUAGUGCUAAUUUAUGUUGAUUCUGAAAAGCAUCACUGAACCAGAGGGAGCCCGUAGCUUUUAUUCCAGACGGAAACGGGUCACAGAUGAGACUCUCAGGAUCAUGUCGUGAAUAUUCUUCCACAUCAUUUCUGGCUACUUACCCAUAAAGAAAACGCUGCAAAAUAAGGCUCGAACUUUUAGCGAGUUUUUACUUUUACUUUUUUCAGGCCUCUUAAAAUAAAUCAGAUUAGCGGAAAAACUACUCGCAUAACCAUAGUGGUUUUUUUUACUUUUAGCGGCCUAACCACUUGAGGGAAAAAACGCCCACGGGGGCCGUCGCUUGUGUUAUUUAUUUAACAGCCCUCCAGUAUAAUUGCUAAAACGCAACCGAAAACCUAGCAAACUAGACCCGCAGGGGAGUCAAGUUGGAAGCAGUACCCCCCUCGCUAUACCUGCGAAGGUUGACGAUUCUCGUGCAGUUUCAAAGUGUGUCAGUUCAUGCCC